AUGUUGUGGCUGUGGAAAAAUCUCCUGAUUGUCUUGGGCUGGCCGAACGAGAAGUUCGUGUUCGAGGUGACGCCGGAGUUGAGUGCGGAGGUGAGCGCGGAAAUCGGCGACUUUCACAAUGAGCUGCGCAGACGAGUUGCCGAAGGAACGUACGAAAAUUAUGGCGCAAAGUGGCCAGGAGCGAAGAAUAUGUACAGGCUGGUGGGUUGAAACGAUAAGUUCAAAGAUUUUUUAUCCGCUAAGGGCAUGUAAUUUAUGGCUAGUCCGUCCGCCAAGUCGCUGAAGCGAUUUUCGCGACAAGCACUGUGCGAAAACAAAGGUUCACUUUGCACCGUGCAAUAGGCUUUUUUGGGAUGUCGCUUGAACCCUGACUUGCGUUUGCACUGUGCAAAAAAAGUCAGAGUGCGAGCGACAGCCCAAAAAGCGAUUCGCACGGUGCGAAAAGCAAGAAAAUGCACAGUGCAAAAAAAAACUUUUGUUUCCGCACAGUGCAUGUCGCAAAAAUCACUCCAACGACUUGCAUGCACUGUGCGAAAACAACACUUCACUUGGCGUUUGCACUGUGCAAAAAAGUCAGAGUGCGAGCGACAGCCCAAAACGCGAUUCGCACGGUGCGAAAAGCAAGAAACUGCACAGUGCAAAAAAACUUUUGUUUCCGCACAGUGCAUGUCGCAAAAAUCACUCCAGCGACUUGCAUGCACUGUGCGAAAAGAAAACUUCACUUGGCGUUUGCACUGUGCAGAAAAAGUCAGAGGGGAGCGACAGCUCAAAAAGCGAUUCGCACGGUGCGAAAAGCAAGAAAAUGCACAGUGCAAAGAAAAGUUUUGUUUCCGCACAGUGCAUGUCGCAAAAAUCACUCCUGCGACUUGCAUGCACUGUGCGAAAACGACACUUCACUUUGCACUGUGCAAUUCCUUGCCUUUUGCACAGUGCAAGUGGCUUUUUUGGGCUGUCGCUCGCAUCCUGACUUUUCUUGCACAGUGCAUGUCGCAAAAAUCACUGCAGCGACUUUGCGGACGGACAAGUGUUUUUUGGUGCAAAAUCGUUAGUUAUAUGACCAAAAAGUGUUUUUCUCCCUGACCGCACUCCAUCUUUCGCACACUCUCUCGGCUGCAAAAAUCGUUGUGUACCUUCGCUGAAACUGUGUAAUCCAAAACUUUCUGAAAAGGCUUUUUCCAGGCCUACAGCUCUCAUCUUGCGUCUGCAGCGCAAUACCAGGCCAACAACUGUGUGUUCGAGCAUCAGGCAUGGAGAUAUGGUCAAAAUGUUUGCGUAGUGAACAGCAACUCCAGUGGUAACUUGCUCAUUAAAUAAAAGAAACACGGCUGAUCCCUCAAGUUUAGACAAUGUGAUAAGGCAGUGUCUUCGCGAUUGGUCCAAUUCCAACACAUUCAACUGGUCGUUAGCCGACGAAGCGCCGAUUUUCAACGAGACCAUGGGCAGUUCUGGCCAUUUUAUUCAGAUGAUUUGGGCCAAAACCACUCAUGUUGGUUGUGGGAUUAAGAAUUGUUCUAAAAACAACAGAACCACGACUCUUUUUGUCUGCAAUUACUAUCCACCGUAGGUGGACAAAAUUGUGAUAUUUUGAUAUGUGCGACGCUCAGAUUUAGGUUGAAUAUUGCAUACAUUUUAGGCAUAUACCACUUAUCAAUUUCUGAAAAUUUUAGCUCGCGCUUUGAAGGAGCAGCCGAGAUAUUCAACGAUAUUUGCAGCUGAGAGAGUAUGUGAAUGCAGAGAGCGGUCAGAGAGAAAACCACUUUUUGGCGAUUUCUUUGGCUGUCUCUUGUGGAAAAAAUUGAUUUUUUGUGGAGACAUUACUACAGUAGAACCAAGGUCGAAAUUUUUCACGCCAAAAUUCAGAGUAAAGCGUGAAAUUUUUGCUAAAUUUCGACCAAAAAAUCUCGAUUGUUUCUGCAAAGCGCGUACUGGGAGUUUCGUAUCCUCUUGGAAAAAAUUAGAUCUAAAUUUGCGAGUUUUUCCACGAAAAAUCUCAGCCUAUUAUGAACCGGGGAGAGUUAUGUUUCCACAAAAAAUCAAUCUCUUCCAUGCGAAGUUGACAAAGAAAUUACUAAAAAGUUUUUCUCUCUGAUCGCUCUCCACAUUCCCCGUACUCUCUCAGCCGCAAAGAUUGCUAAAUAUCUCGGUCGCCCCUGCAAAUAGUGUGCUAAAAUUUUCAGGAAUUAAUUUGUGACCUAAGCAAAAUCUGUGCGCAAAAUUUGAAGAAAAUCUGAGCGUCGCACUUUGAACACUUCCCUUGUAAUUUUUUCAUAUUUUACCGUUACUAUAUUUUUCAGCGGUAAUUGUAUUGGACAGCCCAUCUUCAAGAGCGGCCGAAAAUGUCGGCAACGCGAAGAUUGCGGCGAUUUUGAGGAGUCAAACUGCGAAACGGACGGGCUUUGUUCGACCACAUUUGACAGGCUGGCCGCCGACAAACUCCCAUUAUUUAUCGAAUCGGAUUUCGAUGAGUUGUAG